AUGGCCGGGGAGAUGCCGGGCGAGCCCCGCACGCUGCGGCUGCAGCACGGGAACCGCAUCGAGGCCCUGUGCGUGCUGGGCGGCCACGUCCGCGCCGACGUCUUCGGGGCGGCCCCCGCCGGGGCCGUGGCCUUCGGCGUGAAGCACACGGAGGGGGUCAGCGUGGACGUGCUGCUCCGCGGCCGCGCCGAGCCCGAGGCCGUGUCCGGCGCCGGCACGCGGUGGCCGCUGGACGAGGGGACGGUGCUGAGGUUCAGCAUGAGCCGCGCCAGCUCCGAGGUCAACGACAACAAGGUCACCGUCAGCUUUUACGCCGAGGGAGGGAAGCCCAUCAACCAAGCCGGGGUGUUCCUCACUGGCGUUGGGAUCUCUCUGGACGUGGACGCGGAUCGGGAUGGAGUGGUGGAAAAGAACAGCCCCAACAAGGCGAGCUGGGCCUGGGGGCCGGAGGGACACGGGGCCAUCCUGCUGGUCAGCUGUGACAAGGAGUUCCCCUUCAUCCCGCCCUCCGACUGCGACAGCGAGCCGCUGUUCAGCAGGGAAGAUUUGCUGGACAUGGCUCCGAUGGUGCUGAGGACAGAGGGGCCCCAGCGCCUGCCCCGCGGCUACGAAAUCAUCCUCUCCGUUUCCGUCAGUGACGCUGACAAAGUUGGGGUCUUCCAUGUGCAGAAUCCGUUCUUCGGGCAGCGCUACGUGCGGGUGCUGGGCCGCAGGAAGCUCUUCCACGCCGUGCCCUACCCCGGCGGGGCCGCCGAGCUCCACUUCUUCGUGGAGGGGCUGCGAUUCCCCGAUGAGACCUUCUCCGGGCUGGUGUCCAUCCACGUCAGCCUCCUGGAGCCGCUGGCCGAGGGCAUCCCCCACUCGCCGAUCUUCACCGACACCGUGGUGUUCCGGGUGGCACCGUGGAUCAUGACGCCCAACACCCUGGCCCCGGUGAACCUCUUGGUGUGCAGCAUGAAGGACAACUACCUGUUCACCAAGGAGAUCCAGAGCCUGGUGGCCAAGGCCGGCUGCAAGCUGAAGGUUUGCUUCGGCUACAUCAACCGCGGGGACCGCUGGAUGCAGGAUGAGAUCGAGCUCGGCUACACCCAGGCUCCCCACAAGAGCUUCCCGGUGGUGCUGGACUCCCCUCGGGAGAGAGGGAUGGAGCAACUCCCCGUCAAGGAGCUGCUGGGCCGCAGGAUGACCAGGCUGGUGCGGGAUUUCCUCUACGCCCAGCGCGUCCAGGCCCCUGUGGAGCUCUACUCCGACUGGCUGGCCAUGGGCAACAUCAACGAGUUUGUCACCUUUGUCCCCUCCUCUGACAAAAAGCGAUUCCGGAUGCUGCUGGCCAGCCCGGCCGCCUGCUACCGGCUCUUCCGCGAGAAGCAGAAGGAGGGCCAGGGAGAAGCCACCAUGUUCAAAGGGUACUCGGGGACAGACACCAAGCGCGUCACCAUUAACAAGGUGCUCUCCAACGACGUCCUGGCGCAGCAGAACCAGUACGUGCAGCGCUGCAUCGACUGGAACAGGGAUAUCCUCAAGAAGGAGCUGGGCUUGCUGGAGGAGGACAUCAUCGACCUGCCGGCCCUCUUCAAGCUGGACAAGCAGGGAAAAGCUGUUCCCUACUUCCCCAACACGGUAAGAGCGGAGGUGCUGAGGAGGGACCUGGGCAUCCCCAAGCCGUUCGGCCCGGUGGCGGGCGGCGAGUGCUGCCUGGAGCGCCGGAUCCGCGCGCUGCUGGAGCCGCUGGGGCUGCGCUGCCGCUUCCUGGAGGACGUGGCCUCCUACCACGGCAGCCUGGGCGAGGUGCGCUGCGGCACCUGCGUCCAGCGCCGGCCCUUCGCCUUCCAGUGGUGGCACUUCGCGCCGUAGCUGGGCCUCCUCUUCCUCCUCUUCAUCCUCUUCAUCCUCUUCCUCCUCUUCUUCCUCUUCCUCCUCUUCAUCUGCUUCCUCCUCUUCCUCCUUCUUCUCCCCCCACCUUCACCCCAAGUGUGUGUUGCUUGCGAUUCCCUUAAUAAAUGAAUUUGCU